AUGUUUCAGCCUGGUUCUCGAAAACCUGAUGAUUCCGGUGAGGUGCAAACCCACCCAGUUGGAUCCGUCACGUCAGAAACUGGCAAUGCUCGUACUGCACGAACAGUUCGAACCCCUCAUAUAAGAAGCAGGCAGGAUGCCUUGCUUGAAGAGAACCGUCGCCCCCACCCGUUAGUCGGAGAGUAUGCUACCCCAGCACGUCAUUUCAAUGGGAGCGGUGACCGUUCUGGUCAUGGUGGUUAUACUCCGAUGAGAUCUCCCUCUCAGUACGAGGAUGGAACGUGUCGAACACCGCGACAAGAUGAUGACGAGGAGGAAAACUUACCUGCGUACCGCCGUAGUCAAAAUGUUCCGAGCAAUAAUGCGAAUAGGCAGUCGUCAUCAAGUAAUUCCCCUUUGAACUACGCUGCGUCGCGUUCCUGUAGUGAUCAGGAAAAUGUUGCUCCACCAUCUAAUCCAACUCCACCACAGCAACCACAGCAAGUCUUCACACUACCUCCUCCUAAUCCGCAGUUUCCUGCG